CCCCCGGCCGGGGCGGCUGGCGAGCGCUGAGUCGCUGGGCGCGCGGGGCUGCCGCGCCGUGCCUCUCGUGGGCUCAACCCGUGGAGAGUCUUAGCAAGCAGCCACGAGGGCUAGAUCCCAGGGAUGAGAGUGUCCAGGGGAGAUGUGAGCCCGGCGGGGCUCCCGCCCACCUGUCGCUGAAGCGCGCCCCCUGCCCCGGGCCCAGCAUGCGCCUGUCGGUGCGGAGGGCACUGCUGGCAGCCGGCUUCGCCCUGGCCCUGGUGCUGGCGGUCCAGCUGGGGCAGCAGGUGCUGGAGUGCCGGGUGGCACUGGGGGGCCCCCGGGGCCCCCGGCGGGCCAUGCGGCCGGAGCAGGAGGACCUGGUGAUGGUGGGCUCGGACCACGUGGAGUACCGCUACGGCAAGGCCAUGCCGCUCAUCUUCGUGGGGGGCGUGCCCCGGAGUGGCACCACGCUCAUGCGUGCGAUGCUGGACGCCCACCCCGAGGUGCGCUGCGGGGAGGAGACCCGCAUCAUCCCCCGCGUGCUGGCCAUGCGCCAGGCCUGGUCCAAGUCGGGCCGGGAGAAGCUGCGGCUGGAAGAGGCGGGUGUGACAGACGAGGUGCUGGACGCUGCCAUGCAGGCCUUCAUCCUGGAGGUGAUCGCCAAGCACGGAGAGCCGGCCCGCGUCCUCUGCAACAAAGACCCCUUCACGCUCAAGUCCUCUGUCUACCUGUCGCGCCUGUUUCCCAACUCCAAGUUCCUGCUGAUGGUGCGGGACGGCCGGGCCUCCGUGCACUCCAUGAUCACCCGCAAGGUCACCAUUGCCGGCUUCGACCUCAGCAGCUACCGUGACUGCCUCGCCAAGUGGAACAAGGCCAUUGAGGUGAUGUACGCCCAGUGCAUGGAGGUGGGCGCGGACAAAUGCCUGCCCGUGUACUACGAGCAGCUGGUACUGCACCCCCGGCGCUCCCUCAAGCUCAUCCUCGACUUCCUCGGCAUCUCCUGGAGCGACUCCGUCCUGCACCAUGAGGACCUCAUCGGCAAGCCCGGCGGCGUCUCCCUGUCCAACCCGUCCUCUCUCCCCAGGAUCGAGCGAUCCACAGACCAGGUCAUCAAGCCCGUGAACCUGGAAGCUCUCUCCAAGUGGACUGGCCACAUCCCUGGGGAUGUGUUGAGGGACAUGGCCCAGAUCGCCCCCAUGCUGGCUCGGCUUGGCUAUGACCCCUAUGCAAACCCGCCCAACUACGGCAACCCCGAUCCCAUCGUCAUCAACAACACACACCGGGUCUUGAAAGGGGACUAUAAAACACCAGCCAAUCUGAAAGGCUAUCUUCAGCCCAAAGAGGAUGUAACAAGAACAACAAACAGAAGUGGGGUGAACCAGAAUAGCACCUCUUCCCACCUAGGAAGCUCAUGAUUUCCAGAUCUUUGCAAGUGGCUUUGUUGCCAGAAGAGAAGAGACUUUGCAUUUGAGUGGAAAUCGGACCUCAAAUCCAAGCAUAUUGCUUGCUAUUAAUCGCCGAAACAGGACUGCUCAUGAGGAAUGUAUUUGCAUAUGGUUGCAAAGGCUGAAUCAUUGAAAACUUAACCUUGAAACAUUCUAUCUUAGGAUAGUCUGGGGUAGAGAACCAAGAGUGUGGAGGUAGUCCGGCUUUUGAAACUUAGGUAUUUUAUAUUUUUCCCCUCGAGAAGUUUUUUUUAAGAAAUGGAUUUGCCAUCCUCCUUAAUUUGCAGGACUGCCUUGGUGGCUUUGUUUGCUGGGACAAGGCCCACCACCCGUGCCUCUCCUGUUGACCCUUACUUUUGAAUUCAAAGAAUCUAUUUAAGAAUUUAAUAUAUGAGACUUUCUUUGAUUCCUCCUCAGUUUUACUCACAGAGAAAAAAAUAUAUAUAUUAUUUGAAUAAACUGAACAGGGA